AUGCAAAGAGCUCCUCUCAGUGCCCCCUUGUUACCCGGUGACCCGGACAGCCCAGCUUUGUUGAGGCUUGGUGGAUGUAUGAAGUUCACAUUAUCUGGCGGUGGUGCCAUCUCCCCUGAUGUUCAGGAAUGGGUGUGGACAGCCUUUGGCUGUCCUCUCAUUCAAGGCCUUACAGAGACCUGCGGUGGCGCUGUGCUUCAAAAGCCGCUGGCAGAUCCAUCCGUUGGAUUCGUUGGAUCCGUCCUGUCGUCCGUCGAACUGACACUUCACUCAGAGCCAGAGAUCACCGACAACGAUGGCAAGCCCUACCUUUGUGCAGACAAGGUGCAUUCAGAUGGCUCCGCCUGCUGCGGUCGGGGAGAAAUUUGGAUGAGAGGUAAUUCCAUCGGUUCUGGCUAUUACAAGCUGCCAGAGCAGACAGCAGCAGACUUCGACAAAGACGGCUGGUUCCACUCUGGAGACAUUGGGCUGAUCACGCCCGAAGGAAAAGUCAAGAUCAUCGAUCGCAAGAAGAAUCUUGUGAAGCUGAAAGGUGGCGAAUACGCUGCCUUGGAGCUGAUCAAUGUGACCUACAACAAUCAUGAACUCAUCAACGCGGAUGUUGGAGGUGUGUGCUCUUUUGCAAGCCAUGAAAUCGAUCGGCCCGUCCUGCUUGCUCAGUGCAAGAAGAAGGAGCUCUUAGCUUUGGCUGCUGCGAAUGGCGUCACCGGGAAAGAUGAUGAUGCUCUUUGCAAAGACCCCAAGGUCAUGGCAGCUGUUAAGACUGCUCUGGAUGCAGUGGCGAAGGCACAUAAGCUUCCGGCCUUGAUGCAAGCGAUUGCAGUGAUGCCUGUGUUGGAGCCAUGGACAGCCGAUAAUGGUUGUCUGACUGCCACAUCUAAGUUGGUGGCCAAGAAGAUUUACCAGCUCCAUGAAAAGGACCUGGACGUGUUGAAGCCGAUGGCCAUGAAGGGAUGA